CAAACAUUAAGCAUGAUGUGGUGUGUCAGGCCGUCUGCAACAUUCUCCCCUUUGAAGCAGCUCCUGAGAGCCUAAUCUGACCAUCUCCUUGCUGUCCUCAGCACAGGUCACAGGUUGUUUCUGCACCAGAUACUUUUAUGCAAAGUACAAGUACAGGGCGAAGGUUAUUAACAAAGUAGAGUAUUUUCCUUCAUUUUUCUAUGUUACAUCAAUUUAUAGGUAGACCACUUUCACAAAUAUCUGUAAGGCUCAAAGCUUUUAGUAAAGCUUUUAGUGCUAUAUUCCAACAAUAAUAACUGUUAUAGAGAGGGUCAGACACCCAGGUCUCCCCUCCCCCUGUUCAUGCAGAAAAAGAGAAAAACAAUGUUCUGGUAUCCCUGCUCACUUAAUCCAAUCAGGACUGAGAACGCCGGAAUGAGGCGACCCUGUCCCGACAGCAGGAUCCUCAUGUUUGCUGCCAUGUCUGGCGAUUACCACUCCACAUUCAUAUGGCGACGUGGAGAAAAGGGAGGGUAAUUGCUGACCACAAAAUGGACAGGAAGUUAGCUAAAAUGAUGAAACGCUUAUAGCAGCUUCAAAGAUAUAAUUAGGACAAUAUGGUUGGAAUGCAAAGGUUGCUCCAAACAAUGGCAGCAUGUCGCCCAAGUAAUGAACAACUGCUACCAACAGUUAAUUAUGUCAUGGUUUGGGUUUUUGGUGAAGUUGUUUUAUUUUGGUUGAUUUGUCCUUAUGUGUCAUCUUUUACUUUCCACCUCCAGUCUUUGAGUUUUUCCUGCCUUUUUAAAUUACCCCAUUAUUUUCAACUGUCUAGUUAGUCCCUUCCCUUGUAUAUUACGUCUGGGUCUUUCCCUCUCUUGUUAUCAUUUCCUUUAUUUUGUUCCUGGUGUUUCAUCUGCACUCCUGCCUGUUUCCCACUGUUUGUACUUGGAUUGAUUUUUGAAUGUUUUGUAUUUUCUUGUUUCUUGUUUUUUUUCUUCUGGCUAUUUUCUUUAUUUUAUAUCAGGUUUUCAUUAAAGCUUGCUUUUUCUUCCUCCAUUUGCCUGUUUGGAGUCUGCAUUUGGGUCUUUUCUUUUGCUGCAAUCAUAACAUAUUAGUUCAUGGCUCACUUAGCCGCGGAGCCAAUGGCCCUAGAGUUUGUGCAGACCGGACCUCAGAUCACAGGGCGAGUCACCAUGGGCGACAGCGCCCAGCUAAACCGGAUGUGACUGCCUGACGUGAGAGUGAAAACGGCUGGACACCGAACUGUGACUGACCACAGCCUCCCAAACUGACUGAGGUCAGUCUGAUAACAGGGUAUACAGUACAGAGGUGAUUCACAGCAACUCUGACCAAGAAUGUGACUACAGGGAUGACAAGACACGACAGGCGGGGACAGAAGAGGUGUGAUGAGGUGAUGUGGAAAGACAAACCAAGACCGUUGAUGACAUUGAGGAUAUCUUAGCAGGACUGCGAGCUCGGCCCCCCCACACCAACCUCCCCCUGUCAUUUGCAGGAAAAUGCAUCUUUGGAUGUCAUAUGUUUUGCUGAGUGCAACGUCAGUGUGCACCAUUGAGAUGUUUGGCAGUUAUGGAGAAGUAUGUCAAAGACUGUGUGCCUGCGAGGAGAGAGAGGGGAUACUCACGGUGAGCUGUGAAAACAGAGGAAUUGUAAGUCUCUCCGACAUAAAGCCAGUGCACUUCCCUCAGUAUCAUCUGCUGCUCACAGGGAACAUUUUGAAAAAGCUAUCCGCCAAUGACUUCACUGAGUACAAUGGACUUACAAUACUGCAUCUGGGGAAUAAUGACAUAUCUGAGGUGGAAGCGGGAGCUUUUAAUGGACUUCAGGGAUUAAAACGAUUGCAUCUAAACAAUAACAAGAUUGAUGCCUUGAAGGAAGAGUUUUUCUUUGGCCUUGAAAGUCUGGAGUAUCUGCAAAUUGAUUACAAUUAUAUCACUCAUGUGGCGCCCAAUGCCUUCAGCAGACUUCGACAUCUGGAAGUCCUGAUUCUAAAUGACAACUUAAUAUCUGCUCUGCCUGUGAACAUUUUCCAGUAUGUACCGCUGACUCAUUUGGACUUGAGGGGCAAUCAGCUCAAAGUGCUCCCCUACUCGGGCCUGCUGGAGCACAUGAACAGUGUUGUGGAGUUACAGCUGGAGGAGAACCCCUGGAACUGCUCCUGUGAGCUGAUCGCUCUUAAAACCUGGCUGGAGAGCAUAUCGUACACAGCUUUAGUAGGCGAUGUUGUUUGCGAGUUCCCUUUCCGUCUCCACGGGAGAGAUCUUGAUGAGGUUUCCAAACAGGAGUUGUGCCCGAGGAGAGCCAUCGCUGAGUACGAGAUGCCACCUCUGCCACAUUUGAGCACCGAUGCAUACUAUAGGACCACCCCGGCUCAAGUCACAAGCUCUCUCACCUCAUCUGGGAUUGCCCGGUCGUCAUCGAGGCCCACGAAGGGACCUCGCCAGUCAGGCAAAUUAAAAUCAAGGCCCACUUCUCGCAUCCCAUCGAAUAAACCGCAAAACUACGGACAGAUUAUUUCAUAUCAAACCAAAUCCCCCGUGCCUUUAGAUUGCCCGACUGCCUGUACCUGCAAUCUUCAAAUUUCAGACCUAGGCCUGAACGUGAACUGCCAGGAAAGAAAGAUUGAGCAAAUCUCGGACUUAGAUCCCAAACCUUACAAUCCCAAAAAGAUGUAUCUGACAGGGAACUACAUCCCUUUGGUGCGGAGAUCAGAUUUCAUCGAAGCCACUGGAUUAGAUCUGCUUCAUCUUGGCAACAAUCGAAUAGCUCGCAUACACGACAGGGCAUUUGCCGACUUGACACAUCUCAGAAGACUCUACCUUAACGGGAAUCUGAUCGACCGUCUCGCAGCUGACAUGUUUUACGGCUUGGACACCCUGCAGUUCUUGUACUUAGAAUACAACGUCAUCAGAGAGGUCACCUCUGACACCUUCCAGCACGUACCCAAACUUCAGCUUCUCUUCCUCAACAACAACCUGCUGAAAACUUUGCCAGUGGGAACGUUUACCGGCCUGACACUAGCCAGACUGAAUCUUCGCAACAACCAUCUGCGGUAUCUGCCUGUCAGCGGUGUGUUAGAUCAGCUUACAGCGCUGGUGCAAGUCGAUUUGUUCGAGAAUCCCUGGGACUGCUCUUGUAGCAUACUGGAGCUGAAGAUGUGGCUCGAGCAGCUCAGCACAGGCACAGUUGUAAACAAUGUCAUCUGUGGCUCGCCUAAGAGGCUAGCUGGAGAGGACAUGAGAUACAUUAAGACAGCUAAUUUCUGCCCUAAUAACUCUGAUAUACUUGCCUCCAUGAUCCCACCCUCUGAAGAAUCUUUCCCUGGCAGCACUAUCACCAUAGAAACAUCCUUGGACUCUGACACACAAUACGGCGCCAUUCCUUUAUCUGUGAUGAUUCUUGCCCUGCUCCUCAUGUUCAUUGUGUCUGUGUUUGUGGCCGCGGGAAUGUUUGUGGCGAUGAAAAAGAGACGUCAGAAGAGUCAAAACAAGCAGAAUAUCUCGAUGAAUGCCUGCAUCAGCUCACUCAACAUGGAAUACGGCCUCUACAAAAAGGCGUCCAUCCCCAAAGUCAGAACAUCUGCCGGACAUGUGUACGAGUACAUCCCACCUGCCACAGAGUCCUCAUGCAGAACCACUGCCCACACCCCGACGGACAGCAAAUCGGUGGACGGAUUUAGAGACUUUGACGAGUUGAGCGGCGCUUUUCUGGGUAACUCGGAUGAGGAGGCAGCCAGUAAUGUAAUAAGCUCUGAAUACAGUGCCACUACUCCUGAGCCUCUCAACAAGCCCUGCACCCCUCACCAAGAUGAUCUGUGUUACUACAGAGAGCCGCUCGAGCCUGAGAAGCACACACGCUACAGCAAUACGUUACCAUGCAAGCACGCAGCUCACUCGUCGAGUCAGUAUACCUCAGACUGUGAUGCAAGGCAUCAAUACGUGCACCCGGAGAGAAUACAACAGACAAUACUUUAUUGUACAGCGCCAAGUACUGUUUAUGUAGAGCCCAACAGGAGCGAGUACUGGGAACUGAAAGCAAAGCUUCAUAUUGAUCCGGAUUACCUUGAGGUUCUCGAGAAACGAACAACAUUUACACAGUUUUGAAGAGACCGGGCCUCUGGACUGAUGCAUUGAUGCAAUGUGUCUAUUUUAAUCAGGAAUGAGACCGUGUUCAAAAAACAGGCAGAAUGACUUUAUUACCUUUAUCAGUACAAUGCAUUGUGAGCUACAAGAAAUGCUUUACAGGACUGAAUCAUCAAGGGGAACACUACUCAUUAAAGUAUCACUUAACUCUCCAUCCCUGCGGUGUUUAACAGUUUGGUUUGGAUUUGUAAAUAUGAACAGGCAACCAGAGGUUGCAGGCUCUUCUGACUCAUCCCAUCAUAAAAUACAUCCUGGAGGUGUUUCAUUGACAAUAAUGAGAGACUGCACUGAGCUCACUCUCAAAUUAGAUGCGUUUCAUGAGUGUUAAUGAACCGUGCAGAUGAUAUGUUCUUAUCCCAAAAUAACACAGGUUUUUGUUGCAGCUAUGUGUCUGGCUCCCAGUCCUGUCUUUUCAAAUUGAUUCAAAGCUAAACACACACGGGAGCCUAAAUCUGAUUUAAUCUACCACAUGAAUUUAGCUGUAACCGUGAAUUUGACCACCAUGUAGGUGUUGACAAAAGCUGCACAGCCUGUUCAUGCGUUUGGAAACGUUUAGCUCCGGCGAGACACAUUUAGCGAGGUAGUUUCUCCUCCAGCAGGCACAGCUCUGGGAUGAUCAUUUUAAAUGUGAGAUCAUGAAACAAAUUUCAAUGUAGUAUCUCAAAGCAGAGAUUAUGAGGCUGUUAAAUCUCUGCUGUCUUGUUUGCAGAUUUGGGGAGAGAAUAAUUAAUGUAUCCUAAAAAUACAGCGAACUGGCCUCAUGCAUAUACUGAAGGAUAAUAUGUGGUGUUCGAGUCUCCAAAACCAACUGCUCUUGUGGAUUAUGGUCACAUGUUGCACUUGUGUUGAGUUUAAUCUUAAUGUGUGUUGUAACUUUACUCAGAUAAUCACAACUGCAUUCAGGUGUGUUGCAACUGAGAGAAAAUGAUUUUUAACUGCAGGUCUACAUCUGUGGAAGAGGAUAACGGCCACUGUAAAAAAAAAAUAAAAAAAAAAAGGAGAGAAAAUUGAAUUCUGACUUUUUUUCACAUCUCUGACAUUAUGACUUUUUUUGGAAUUCAGAGAUUAAAAGGUGCUAAUUCUAAGGAAAGUUGAUGAGUCUCAUCCCCAACUUGUCAAAGUGCACCUUUAAUUUAAUCCUGUAAUUCUGGCUUUGCUCACAGAAUUCCGCGUAAUUCGCCAAAAUUGUUAAAAUAAAAACGUCAGAAUUUACAGUGGCCCUUAUUCCUGAAAAUAUGCACACAUAACAUUUCUUUUGGGGCAUUUUACUAGUAUAAGCAGGUUGAAAUCAUACUUGUUUGAAACUGAUGAUCUGUAUUUACCUGCACCUGAACCAAAGCGCUUCACACUAAAGUAUCAACUUAUAAUAUAUGCAAAGUUUGAGACAGAGGGGUUACAUCGAGGCACAGUCCUAUGUUUUAUUGUAACUUUACAACCUUUUCUUUUUUUCUUAAUUAUAUGUCUGAAUACACCCAUAAAACAUGUCUUCCAGUUGCAAUACACUUGAGUACAUUUGCAUCACAACAAGUGUCUAAUGUUUCUCUGGAAAGUUCUGUUAGAAAUCUCUUAAAUCUGUUGGUUCUGGGCCCGUGUGAAGCAUAUUUUAAAUGACUAUUUUUAUACAAACAAGUAUUUCCUUUCUUUGUUUUGUUGUUUUUUUUUUCUUUUGCAAAAUAAUGCACUAUUGACUUCUACAGGUCAACGAUGAUGUCACUUUCUGAGAUGCACAACAUGGUAACACGUGCGUAUAGCCAUAGAAGUUGGUUUGAUAACUGCAUACGUCGAAGUAACUCGUGUUUAGAAGAUCUUGCACUAUGCAUAGAUAUACAGUAGAGUAUACUUAGAGACAAUCUGUACAAACAUGCAGCUCAUCCCCUCAGUCGCCAACACUCACGAUAAUACAUGACCAAACAUGAUAUAAAUAAUGGUAUCACAUCCCAUCCAACGCUUAUCUGUAAUUUAAAUAGACAUGAAUAUUAACAACAGAGGCGCUUUUGUGCUGCAUUUUGGAUAAUUCAUAUUUUGUAAAACUUCAUAUAUUUUUAAUUACGUGUGUUUUUAGGGGACUACUGAGUGGAUUUGUUCGUAUUGCGUUGCGACGAGAAACAAUGUCUCAUCAUUUGGCAUUGUUUGUUUCGUCCGUUUGGUGCGGGCUCGUAUGAAAUUUGGCAAUUUGACUGCAAUUAGCGGUCUCUGAUGCUCCCCCCUUUCAAAGAGCGAUUGAUGGGAUGGCAUAGCGAAUGCGCAAAGGUCCGCGCUGAGCUUUGGCUGUGAGAUUGAAAAAGCACAACAAAUGAAUGCUGUGGUUGAAUGGCCAUCUUUAUGCAUAUAAAUGUCUCUAUGCUCUAAAGCAAACUAAGCACAUCAUACAGUCUUAAUGCAGUCUAACCAAUUUCUGGGUCAAUAGCAUAAGCCCCAGAAAUCUGACUAUCCCUGAGAGUUUAAUACACAGUGAAUUCACAUCAUUUGCAGUAUUAUGCACCAAACCUGUCAUCUUAGCUCAGCUAAUUACUGGACACGGUAUAUCUGGACCCUGUCUGCACGUCACCAUGUAUUACACACUGCAGCAUUAGUCAUGCUGUUUAUCAACUAUACAGUCUUGGUUUGUUGCCUUUCACCAUGUUCACAGUCCCUUUGUGAUUAAAUUGUCAGUUGACCUGUGUCUGCUCUGUGGAGUUUCGUCAGAACUAAAAACAAAAUCUACACAGUGAGGCAUGAUGUAAACCUGCACAGGUUUGUACUUUGUUACAUGUGGGAUUUUAUCAAUCAAUAUGUUGCUGUGAAGUUCGUGGUGAAAAACACUGUAAAACCUGCAAACCUGCACAGACAGAUACACGGAACAUGUUUUUUUUAUUGUGACCAGUGGCUAAUAUUUAGUUAAUUGAUGAUUAUUUUUUAAAUGUCUGGUAAAUUUUGUACAGCCGAAACUAAUGCAACAGAAAAUACCAUGUCCAAAAACGGCAGACAGUUUAGUUUGCCGGCGUAUUUGGAGGAAAAUCUGACACUUUUUACUUUUAUUUGUCUUGGCAUUUCUUUGAAUUUGUAAUAAUGUUGCAAAGACAACUGCAUUUACUGUAUAUAACAGACAUUUGUAAUAUGUUUUUGUUUUUCUCUUUCAGCUCUUUGUAAUCAAUGACCAAAUGCAGAUUUCUGUCACACAUGAGACUUCAAAAUCUGAUAAUCCAAAAAUAUGUGAAACUGAAAUGUGACUGUCGUGCGUAUACGUGCAAAUCUUUCAUUUGCAAAGACGAUGAGGUUCCGGUCAGUGUCUUAUUCUUACUCCGAUUCUCAUGUUUGCUUUCAUUUGGUUUUCAUAUGAAACAGUGAUUUUUCUAUAUGUGUCAACCUCUGAUUUGUAAAUAGGACACUUCAUCAGCAUUUCCAUGCAAACUCGCAUCGGCUCUGAGAAGCAAAAACCUAGUCUCUUAUUGCAAAGACACAGUACAACUAGGAAUAUGUGGGGUAAAUAUAUCUACAGCGUGCUGUUUCUUUAGUUGUUAGCUGAUGAAUAAAAGAUAUGCAUUAAUUUGG